ACCAAAUACGCAUGCCACGGGUGCGUUGAACGAUCGUCACUAACCACAUAUAAUAUUAUUUAAAUAUUAUCAUUAUCAUUAUUAUUUUAGCAGCGCCGACAGUUUUUUUGAUAUUUUAUAGUGCACCGACGAAAAUAUAAACGCAGCAGAUCGAUUAUUAUUCCGCCGAAAACGUAAAUCGUACGGUUUUUGUUUUUUAUUUUCAUCGACGCGAAUUGCUCUCCGACGUGCACACAAUAAUAAUARUAAUAAUAAUACUCCUCAUCAUCAUAUAUACACGCGCGGAUAUACACCACACACGCGGACGUUGACAUUGACCGAGCGAUUAAACAAUAAUAAUUACAAUUAUUAUGAACAACAAUAAGAAAAUCCCAUCCAUUCUUAACGUCAACGCGGAGGGGAAUACCUCUUCGUUUUUAAGAGCUGCACGAUCCGGGAACCUUGAUAAAGUCGUUGAACAUUUGAAAAAUAAAAUCGAUAUAAAUACAUCUAACUCUAAUGGUUUGAAUGCUUUGCAUUUGGCUUCAAAAGACGGACAUUUGGAAAUCGUAAGAGAGUUAUUGAAAAGGGGCGCUAACGUAAACUCGGCUACAAAAAAAGGAAAUACUGCACUUCAUAUUGCUUCUCUCGCGGGGCAAUAUGAUGUGGUGGUUACCCUCGUGGAACAUGGUGCAUUUGUAAAUGUGCAAAGUCAAAAUGGUUUCACCCCUUUGUAUAUGGCUGCGCAAGAAAAUCAUGACAGAGUUGUUAAGUAUUUGUUAGCGAAUGGAGCCAAUCAAAAUCUGGCAACUGAGGAUGGUUUUACACCAUGCGCUGUUGCAAUGCAGCAAGGCCAUGAAAAGGUAGUAACUGUGUUAUUAGAAAAUGAUACCAAAGGUAAAGUGCGUCUUCCUGCAUUGCAUAUUGCAGCAAAAAAAGACGAUUGCAAGGCCGCAGAUUUACUUCUUCAAAAUGAUCAUAAUCCAGACGUAACAUCUAAGAGUGGAUUUACUCCAUUACAUAUCGCUUCACAUUAUGGAAACGACGGUAUUGCUAAACUUCUUCUUGCUAAAGGCGCUGACGUCAACUACUCUGCUAAACAUAACAUUACUCCAUUACACGUGGCAGCGAAAUGGGGCAAAAGCAACAUGGUAUCUUUGUUGCUUGAAAGUGGUGCAAAUAUUGAAGCUAAAACUAGAGAUGGUUUAACGGCUUUACAUUGCGCUGCGAGAUCCGGACACGAUCAAGUGAUUGACAUGCUUUUACAGAGAAAUGCUCCAAUCAGUUCAAAGACCAAGAACGGUUUGGCGGCAUUGCACAUGGCGGCUCAAGGAGAUCACGUUGAAGCCGCUAAAGUGCUAUUGUCCAAUAACGCUCCGGUUGACGACGUGACCGUAGAUUAUUUGACUGGUCUUCAUGUGGCCGCACAUUGCGGACAUAUCCGGGUGGCCAAACUCUUGUUGGAGAAACACGCGGAUCCAGAUGCCAGGGCGUUAAAUGGUUUCACGCCACUACACAUUGCGUGCAAAAAGAACCGCAUCAAAGUUGUAGAACUGCUACUUAAGUACAACGCGAGCUUGGAGGCGACUACGGAAUCUGGUCUCACUCCGUUGCACGUCGCCAGUUUUAUGGGUUGUAUGAACAUCGUGAUUUUCUUGUUGCAACACGAGGCAAACCCGGACCUGCCGACGGUGAGAGGAGAAACUCCAUUGCAUCUGGCUGCCAGGGCCAAUCAGACAGACAUCAUACGGAUAUUGCUCCGCAACGGAGCUCAAGUAGACGCCAGGGCUAGAGAGAAACAAACACCGCUUCACAUAGCUUCCAGGUUGGGUAAUGUGGACAUCGUAAUGUUGCUGUUAGCUCACGGUGCUGCAGUCGAUUCGACCACGAAAGAUCUAUACACCGCUCUACAUAUUGCCUCUAAAGAGGGCCAGGAGGAGGUAAGAGCACUGAUUAUGAAACGCAUUAUGGAUCACGUGGACACAACAUAUUUGCUUGAUAAGUUUUGGUCUGUUAGAAGAGAAUAUUUUAUUUAAAAUGAUUAAAUAUUGUGAUUCUUUCCUUAUUAUUAUCUUUAUAUCAUAAUAUUUGGUACARCAGUACAGCGUACAUCGUCCUUAUUUAAUUGAGAAAAACUGGUGAUAUCUAUUCGGUAAAAUAUUUUAUCACCAUCAAAAAUACCCAAUGUCUUUAUUUUAAUUAAAUCUUGACCAAUCAGUUAUUAUAGACCAUAAUAAUUGUAUCAAUAUAAUUACGUAUAAAAGAAUUCUUAAAUAACUCAAGUGAUUUUAAUAUUUGAGUUACAAAUAUGCUACAAAUAUUAUYAUUCUAAAAUAAUUUAAAUUUGUAAAUUAAAAGUAAUUACGUAUUCAAAUUCAAAUUUCGGUGCCAAUAAUAAUUUAUGUAAGCUUUAAGUACGUAAAAAAAAAUGUUAUCAGUUAUAAGAAUAUGAAUUAAAGUGUCCUUCUAAAAUGUCGUCGAUUAAGUACUUCGUGUAUGACGUAAUUUAUUUCUGAACAAAGGAUUCACUGCCAUAUUAUUUUCAUCGAAAUGUGUUCGUAUUCUUCGUAAAUAAUACUAAAUGAUUAAAUUUAAUCUUGAAUAAAUAUUAAUUAAAAAGCAAUAAGAAAUGAGGAAAAUAUACCUACGUACAGUGCCAAAAAUUAGACAUUUGUUUUUAAAUGUAUGAUAUUUAUAAAUCAGUAUUACUUCSGUAUUUAUCGUGUCAUAUAUUAAUCUUCAAGCCUAACCUAUUAUGAUGUUCCUUUUUGUAAUCAGUAGGUUGGGAAUCAAUACACUAGUCUUCAGGUCUAUAAAUUGAUGUAUGAUUUAAUACUUUAAAAUUUGAUAAAAUAUUUUGAUCAAAUUGUGCAUAAGCAUUUAAUAAAUUAUUCAUCUUUUGAUUUUCAAAUUACAACUAAAUGAAACUACAUAAUUGAAUAAGUUCAGUAAAUUUAUACGUAGACCCAAAACUAAGUUCAAAAUCAAAUUUUUU